AUGUCUUGGUUUCGGUUAAUCAUCUUGUCUUCUGCUUCUUUAUUGAGCGUGGUCAGCGCCUCCGACCAGCGACUCCCUAUGAAAAAUGUUGUCGGCAUUCCUAAAAGCCGUAAGUUCAAAAAACGUCAAUUCUGAUCAUCACUUUUUAUCUGAACUUCUUCUAGGUGUCGUUUUGUAUCAACCAAAUGGUGAGAACUUUCAAUGUUUCGACGGAUCCAACACAAUAUUGUUCAAGCAAGUGAACGAUAAUUACUGUGACUGCGUUGACGGAAGUGAUGAACCCGGUAUACAGUUUUUUAGUGCUCUUCUGUUUCCGUAUUUCUCUAAAAAAAAAUAAGCCAUGUUUUUAUUUUUAAGGAACUUCUGCUUGCUCCAACGGACACUUUUUUUGCCAGAACCUGGGCUACACUUCUGAGUAUAUCCCAUCAUCGCGGGUCAACGACAAGAUCUGUGGUUGGUUAACUGGUGAAAAGGAAAAUAAGUUCUGGUUGAAGACUGUUGUGAUGGCAGCGAUGAGCACUCGAGCGGCGUAUCAUGUCCGAAUCUUUGCGAAGAACUUGGUCGCGCCACGAGAGUCGAAAGAGAGAGGUUGGUAGCUUAUGGGGAUUCUAAUUGAAAAGUUAAAAUCCAACGGUUCAAGUUUGUAAUUUAAAGGUUAGCUGCCAUUGCCAAGGUGGGCUUUGCAAAGCGCUUGGAGUUGGCAAAAGCAGGAAAAGAACUCAAGGUUUUUUGAAUAUAGUUUCCCGUUUCAAAAAAGGAGUAUUCGCAGAAUCAAAAGCUGAAAGACGUCGAGCCUUUAAAAGAAGAGAAAACGUCUCUGGAAACUUAUCAGAAGGACUUGGAGGUUUUGAAGAAAACGGCCGAAGACUUGGAAAGGAAACUGCAGGAUGAACAUCGAGACCAGUGGAAUGGCAAGUUUUUUUUUCUAGUUCUGAUGAAAUUAAAGGAAAAUUUGGUUUCAUGAAAUUGACUUUUGCUAAAAAAAAAUCGUUUAUUUUUCAGCCGGCCAAGCAGAAAUCAAAAAAAAGAGAGCAGCCGACAUGUUUUUGGAGGUCGACAAAAAUUCAGACGCAAAGUGAGCUCUUUCUUAAAUUUCCUCCAUACAAAGUUGAUCAGAUUAACUUUGGAUGAGGUGAAGUUGUUGCCUUACUUGGAUACUGACCAUGACGGCGUCGUUUCAGACGAGGAAGCCAAGAAUAUCCUCAGUGUCGGUGGGUCUUCAAUGAUUUUCUUUUGGCUUCAUUUUUCUUUUUCAGAAGAGUCAGAUAUUGAACAUUUCGUGGCGAGUGUUUACGACCUUUUGAAAUCUGCCAAAAGAUCGUUUACUCAAGAAAAGAAGCUGAGAGAAGAAGAAGAAGCCGCCGAAAAAGAACCCGAACCGGAUGACGACCUCGUUGCCGGUUAUUUUUGAUCAGUCUUGUUUUUUUUUUGCCUUUUUGUUUUGUGGAAUACACAAAAAUCUUCUUUAGAUGAGGACAAGUCGACUGCGGAAGAGCCACAUUCGAACGAGGAAGUUCAAAUUGAAGACGAAGACGAAAAGAUGCCGCCGUAUCCGCAAGAAGCUCAGGCAGCCACCGAAGGUCGAAUGAAAAAUUCACGUUCCAAUACUUUUUUUUUGAAUUGAGAAAAAAGUUUUGGCGUUCAUAAUUUUGGUCAGAUUGCUUUUUCCAAUUACGAUCUUCAUUGUGUAGAAAAAAACCAGAUAUAAAACAAAUUUCCUUCUUAAAACUCUCAAAAAGUUUAAAAUGUGUUAGUUUUUUUAAAAAAAUAAGCGGAGCAUACUUGACCACAACUAAGAAUUGAAUUUUGCGGCUUAGGGCCGGAAUUUUUUUCUCCCGCGUAAAUAUGACACGUGACUUUAAAAAAAGAAAAAAAAAUUGAUUGUAUUAUUUUUAGAAGCGAACAAGUUCCGGAAGCUCUACGAUGAAACGUCGAACAAGCUGCACGAAGUCAACCAGAAGAUAAAGUUCGUCAAGAAUGUUCUUCGAAACAGAGUCCCCUUCUCAGAGACGCGGAGACGUUCGCCUCGGCUGAUUUCGGCGAAGACUUUGCCUGGGCGCCACUCAAGGGUCAAUGCUUCGAGACGACCGUCAUGCAGUACGUCUACAAGCUCUGUCCCUUCGAAAAGGCCUCGCAGAAGGACAAGGGCGGCUAUGGAGAGACUUCAUUGGGGUUCGUGCUCCUUCUUCACAGCAGUAUAUCAUUUGUUUCCACUGCCGAUUUCUGACAUAGUUCAAAUAUUUCAUUUUUCUAAGUUUCAGAAUAAUCUUAACCGAAACCACAGAAGGAAUAAGUAGGUAAAAAAAUUAGUUUUUUUCUUUCUAACUGUAUUUAAAGAGAUAUAUUGAAAAUUUCAAUUCUAUAUGAAAAUGGUCAUAUUGACCACCUUUGUUGAAUACAGUGAAACGAUUACAAGCACAGAACAUUUUUAUAUAAAGUCACUUAUUUUUUUCCUUCUCCUCAACCAGUUAGAUAGAUGUCUGACUUUCGGAGAAAUGUUUUGCUCAUUUCCUUUUUAGGAAUUUCAAAGACUGGACAGGUGCUGCUCCGAGAAAGCACUCCAAGCAAACCUAUCACGAGGGUCAACAGUGUUGGAACGGUCCUCAGCGAUCCACUCAGGUGUGCUCUUUUCAACUUUACAAUGACGGUUGAAAAAAGAAAAUUUGACAGUAACUGCUAAACAAAAAGAUUUUCAGAUAGAGGAAAUAAUAAAAUACAUGAACCAUAACGGUUUCAAACGACAUAAAGCCAAAAAUGAAAGAAAAAUAUUAGGUUGUUCAGAAAGUUCUUGCGGUUUUUGAUACUCUCUCUUGCAAGAAAUUUUUUGAGCUGGGUUUUAGAUUGGCCUGUCGAAGUUAUAUAUCAUUUUGAAGCGCGUAGAAUGUUUUAUUUUUUAAGUGUAAUCGUAUCAUUCAAAAACAAAAUUGUGUAAGUUUUAUGUAAUUUUUGAAAAAAAGGGUUAAAAAAACAGCGAUUAGAGUAGCUUUUUUCGUUUUUCUCUCAACUAGACUUAUAAGCGUUGAAAUCAUUUGAUAUUUUCACUAGUUGUUUGACACAGUAAUUACUUUAAAACAUGUAACGAGAUUGCUACUGGAAAAAACUUUGGCCAAGACUAUGAGCUCGGCAACUGAGAACAGUAAUUUUUGAGCUAUGUUUCUACUGCGCGGUAACAAAACGUCCUGGUAGCUGCAACUUUGCGAAAAAUUUUUUGUUGUUGCUUGAGAGGAUGUAUAGAUGACGCUAGAAAAAGUUCCUGACUAGAGAACUAUUUCAGAGACCUGAAAAGCUCACUAGAUGAGUACCUCACGAAUCUCACUAAAAGCAUAGCGCCGUUUCUUUCUUCUCGUCUUAUUAAAAGGCAAAUGCGACCUCAGUUUUUGAAUAAAAUAGAAUUUUUUGAAUUGCGACAAUAAGAAAGACGUCUACAACAAUUUUCAAACCUAUUAUUACUAUACAGUCCAAGUCGCCGCUUUGGAUAGUUCUUCGAAAUCAACCUAUCAAAUAAUGACGAUUGAGCACGUUCUUGGCUUUCUACAGCUGUUAUAACUUAUCAUAAGUAAUCUCAACUCUCUACCCUACAAUAUUUCAGCGACGUUGUUCACUGAUCAAAAAAAAAUUCCACGAAUUAGUGUAUAAAAAUUUUGAAAACAUCGAAACUAAAAAAGUCACGUUUUGUCCUGUAUCGCGCUUUGCGGAAUUUGCAAGUAAAAAAAUAAACGAAACAAGAAAAAUGAUUUCAUUUUCUCUAUUUUUUUUUUUCAACUCUUACCUUGCUAAACAACAGCUUUCCAAACUAUGAAAACACUUGCACGCGAAAAAAAUGCUUCGAAACCGAAACCCUGUCAAAAAAGGCUUCGAGAGUUUCAAAGCCCCCAGUAAUUCAGGGUUUGAUAUUAUCGACUGAAUUUUUUGUGUUUUUUGUUGUCACAUGGCCACUUAAUAAGAUGGUUUUUGUUUUGAUCAGAAAUAAGAACUCUAAGCGAAGUUAGGAUCUUUUGAAGUCGAAUAAUAAAAACCGCAAUAACUCUCUGAACAACCUAAUAAACUGUAGCGGGACUUAUGUGCGGAGUAGAAAUAAAUUUGGAAGAAAGAGGGAGAAUUUGAGAAGUCCAUCAAACUUUGCUUAGAUGUUCACCGGAAUAUACUAAUCACGGUUCAUGAAAAAAAAUACGACUUAAGUUUAAGCCGAGUGAUAGCUGUUCAAUGAAAAAAAGCGUUUGUAUAAAGGAAAAAUAAAUGAAUUCGCUCCAUUCUUAACAAGAAAAACGAAAAUAUAACAAAGUUUUACUUUGCUCAAUGAAACACCCUAGCAAAGCUGCUGUUUAUAGGUAUAAAAAUGCGGAAUACGGAAUAAUUUGAAGCGUCGUUACUCGAGUGAGAAACGCGAAGUUUUCCUUUGUUUUUGAUAAAGUGCUCUAGGGGUUUUUUUUUUCAGCGAAGUUCCGCUCAUCUUUCGAACUAUUUUUUCCCAUUUGCUGUUUAAGCUUCAUUUGGAGUUUUGAAAAGAGGUCGGAGCAAAGUUAUACUUGACUAUGCAGGUUGAAAUCGAGUGUGGCGAAGAGAACGAGAUCGUCGAGGUCUCUGAACCUGCCAAAUGCGAAUAUCACUUCACUUUCCGAACUCCGGCGGCCUGCAACGACCCCGAAAAAGAAGAACCUCUGCAUACCGAGCUCUGA